AUGUGCUUCGCGACUCUGGCCAGCCCACUCAACAACCUGACCCGGAAGGCCCUGCCCGACCGGAUCAGGUGGUCAGAGGCGGCAAAGGAAGCUUUCGGGACACUGAGGGGGGCCCUGUGUGCGGAACCGGUGCUUGUAACCCCUGAUUUCGCUUCACCCCUCAUUGUGCACACGGACGCCUCGGAAGUGGGGCUAGGUGGGGUCCUGUCCCAGAUCCGGGCAGGAGAGGAGCACCCGGUGAUGUACAUCAGCCGGAAGCUCCUACCAAACGAGAGGAACUAUUCCACGGUAGAGAAAGAAGCCCUGGCAAUCAAGUGGUCUCUUGAUAAACAGCGCUAUUACCUCGUAGGUCGAGAGUUCACCCUGGUCACCGACCAUGCGCCACUGAAGUGGAUGGCGGGCGCCAAAGACACCAACGCCCGGGUGACGAGGUGGUUCCUGGCACUCCAGGACUUUCGGUUCCAGGUGACCCACAGACCGGGGAAGGAGCAUGCCAACGCAGAUGCCCUGUCCCGCAGGGACGCCUGCCUGGGAUGGAACCCGAGCGGCCGGUGGCUUGGUCUGACGGUGGAGGAGUGUGUUGGAGGGCGUGUGUUCAGUGUGAAGCGGCUGGACGGUGGAGACUUCCCACACUGGGGCCAGCGCUCCUCCUUCCGGAAGCUUCCCCCCCCGGGGAGGGGGUGCUACCCCUGCUGGGUGGUCCGUGGGCGGGGGGUCGGGCAGCAGCCGGUCCUGAGCUUGAUCUCGGACCAGGACCUGACGCUGUACGAGAAGCUGGGCGACGGCUCCUUUGGCGUGGUGAAGAGGGCAGAGUGGCGCACGCCGCUGGCAAGCGUGGCGGUGAAGUGUCUGAAGACGGACGCGCUGACGCAGCCCGACGCACUGGACGACUUCAUCUGCGAGGUCAACGCCAUGCACUGCCUGGACCACCAGAACCUGGUCCGCCUGUACGGGGUGGUCCUCACACAACCCAUGAAGAUGGUGACGGAGCUGGCCCCCCUGGGCUCCCUGCUGGAGCGUCUGCGGUGUGUGCGUUCCCAGGGCGCCGUGCUGGUCCACACCCUGUGCCAGUAUGCAGUGCAGGUGACAUGUGGCAUGGCCUACCUGGAGCAGAGGCGCUUCAUCCACCGGGACAUGGCAGCCAGGAACAUCCUGCUGGCGUCGGCCCACCUUGUGAAGAUCGGGGACUUCGGUCUGAUGCGGGUGCUGCCCACCGACCACGAGCAUUACGUCAUGCAGGAGCACCGCAAGGUGCCAUUCGCCUGGUGUGCCCCAGAGAGCCUGAAGACCAGGACCUUCUCCCAUGCUACUGACACCUGGAUGUUUGGGGUCACCCUGUGGGAGAUGUUCACCCACGGACAGGAGCCCUGGCUUGGGCUCAACGGCAGCCAGAUCCUCCACAAGGUGGACAAGGAGGGCGAGCGCCUUCCCCGGCCAGAAGACUGUCCCCCGGAUAUCUACCAGGUCAUGAGGCGGUGCUGGGCCCAGACGCCUGAAGACAGGCCCAGCUUCCUGGCCCUCAGGGAGUUCCUGCAGGAGAGCAUGCCAACAGACAUGUCCGCCCUCCAUGACUUUGAAGAGCAGGACAAGCUGCUGAUUCAAAUCGAUGAUGUCAUCACCGUCAUCGAAGGCAGGGCGGAGAACUUCUGGUGGCGGGGACAGAACCAGAGGACCCUGAAGCUGGGCCUGUUCCCGAGGCACGUGGUGACGGCGGUGUCCGGCCUGUCGGCCCGGUACAUCAGCCGCCCGCUGAAGAACAGCUUCAUCCACACGGGCCACGGCGACCACGACCCCCGUCGCGGCUGGGGCUUCCCCGACCGCAUCGACGAUUUGUAUCUUGGUAACCCCAUGGAUCCUCCUGAUACUCUUCUGGGUGUAGAGUUGCCCUCUCCCCGGCCCGCCCAGCUCCCCGGUCGGGCUAAAACGGACCCCCCGCCGCGGCCUCCCCAGCCCACAGGGUUUCCAAGCAAGCCGUGCUACGACUCCGUCCCCGAGGAUGAGGAUGCACCGCUGGGACGCACAGGGCGACUGUUGCUACGGAAACCGGCUUCCAUCAUGGGGCUCAAGCUCAAGCCGGCCGCCUGGGUCUUGGCCACCAGGCACACGUCGGGGGGGCGGGGCUCUGGCCCGGGCCACGCCCCUCACAGCGAGGUGUCGCUCAUUGACUUCGGGGAGGAGUUCUCUUCACCUUCCCCUGUCACGGAGAUCCCCGUCCCCUCAUUGGCCAAGCUGGCGUUGGACGUGGACCACCUGCUGGACCAGACCCCCCCCCAGGGCCCUUCCGGGCCCUUGCUGCGGCUCCUCCACCCCACGCCGUUGGUGGACUGGAACGCCCGACCGCUACCCCCGCCCCCUGAGUACGACCGCGUGGCGCAGGACGAGGACAUUGAGGUGAGCUCCUUCACCAGCGUGGAGCAGCAGUAUGCAGAGCCCCCGAGGGACGGCACUCCUCCCCGUGGGUUGGUGGAGGGGGAGACCCUCUGCCCCCCGGGCCAGAGACCCACCCUGGACAACAGCCUAUUCACUCCCUGCGUCAAUGCCCUGCCCCUCCCCCCGCCACCUGCCCCUUCCUCCUCCUCCGUGGCGGCGUCCCUCUUCCAGGAGCUCCAGAAGGAGGUUAUGAGGAGGCUCAGCGCCCCCCCCCCGGGAGCAGGGGGAGGAGCCUCUCCCUCCCGGACGCCGCUGGCUUCGUCUCAGGAGCCGGUCGAGACGCACAAGGUGGUGCCGUCGUUCACCGAGGACAGACCCCAGAUACCGCCCCGCGUCCCCAUCCCCCCGCGGCCGCUGAAGAGGGGCGACUACACGCCCUUCCGCUGGUCGGCGGACCUCUCAGGCCCGGAGACCAGGGGCAUACCGCCUCAGAUCCCCCCAAGGGAUCCUCUGUCACCGCCCGGCUCCAGGACCCCAAGCCCCAUGGGCCUGGGGCUGGGCUCCCCCCACCAAAGAGCCUUCUCAACCAGCCCCGGCACCCAGUCGGCUCCCAUCGCCUCCCCCUGCUCCUACCUCACAAGCUCCCUAGGGAAACUCAUGCCAACUACACACAGCUUCGCCUCAGACCCCAAGUAUACCGCGCCCAAGGUGAUCCAUGCCCAGCCGUACCCCAAGGACCUGGCCAGUAAGGGUCCCUGCAUCCUCCCCAUCGUCCGCGACGGCCUCAAGGUCAGCAGCACCCAUUACUACCUCCUGCCCGACCGGCCUCCGUACCUCGACCGCUACGACCGCUUCUUCCGGGAGGCCGAGAGUCUGUCCACCCACACCCCCCCUGGCGGUGGGGGUGCGGAGGACAGGCAGACGCGUCAGGCGAACACGGCCACCGUCAGACCCAUGGUGGUCAGCAGCCAGACCCUCGUCCAGGGUCUGGGCCAGGGCCAAGGUCUGGGCCAGAGCCAGACCCUCGUCCAGGGUCUGGGCCAGGGCCAAGGUCUGGGCCAGGGUCAGGGCCUUGGCCAGGGUCUGGGCCAGGGCCAAGGUCUGGGCCUGGGCCAGGAUCUGGGCCAGGGUCUGGGUCAGGGCCUUGGCCAGGGUCUGGGCCAGGGUCAGGGUCAGGGCCAGGGUCAGGGUCAGGGCCAGCUUGGUGACCUCAAGGCUAACCCCUCCUCCAACAACAACAGCAGCCUGGGCGGGGUCCGGGGUCCGGGGCUGAGGACCUCGUUGAGUCUGCCCAGGGUCUGUUCAGAAGGUUCUGAAGCCCCGGGAGCUCCCGAGGCUGAGACGAGCAGGGCUGAGACGGUCCACAUGGUGCAGCAGGCUGUGCACGGAGUGACCGUGGAGGAAUGCCAGACGGCCCUCCAGAACCAAGGCUGGAGCGUUCUCCAAGCCGUGCACUAUCUCAAGGUGGAGCAGUUGUUCUGCCUGGGUGUGGGGACCAGGGCAGAGUGCCUGAAGCUGCUGGAGGUCUGUGAGUGGAACCUGGAGCUGGCCAGCACCCAGCUGCUGGACAGCUGGGGCUCCACCAGCAGACAGAGGUACUAG